AUCGUCGGUUGAAAUGUUUGAACACCAAGUCUGCCUCGUUACCAGCCGUCCGUGCAAUAUAUAAACCCUGUUCUAGCGCCAAAUUUCAAUUCUAAAACGGUCCGCCCUGAGUCCUGACUCUCUCUCUCUCCUCCGGGCAUGCCAUGCGAACUCGCUUCCUGGUCAUCGACUACUUUACCCCUUCUUCGCUCCAAACCCUAGGAUCCCCGCUUCCCUUCCUCCGCCUUCCGCUCCCUCAACUCCCUUCCCCUUCGCCUCUCUCCGCCUCCGAAGCGCUUCUCUCCUGCUUCGACUCUGUUCCAAGCUUCUCCCUCGAUAUCGAGAGCUUGCCGAUCCACGGUGCCCUCUCUAGGUUCUUAUCCGACGCUCUUCCUCAGAAUGUUCCCCUUCAAACUGGAGAUUUUGAGAUUUCUCGGUCUGAGACUCAGAGAGAAUAUUCUCUCAACGAGCGGAGGAGUUCCAGUUCCGAAAUCGUUGAGGUUCGGAUUUCAGAGGAUGCUCAGGUCCUUUAUGAAGAGAUGGAAGUUAGGAGUCAUAUGACUUUUGGUUCUGAAACUCUAGAGGAGCAAAAUGAGGCCAAUGUUUGCAAUAGGGAUUUUAGGAUACUCCAAUUUGAAACACCAGAGCUUGACCUAUUCUUGGAAAAUUCUUGCUUCUCUGGUAAAGAGGAGAUCCAAAUUCCUUUUGAAUUUUCUGAGACAGACAGUAAUAUGGAUAUGCCUAAAACGGUGCUUGCUGUACCAUAUCCUUGUGAGAUUCAUGAAUUCGUUUAUUCAGUACAAGACAUUAUUCCAAAGUACCAUACAGAACACAAGGGUUAUUUAUUGGAAGGUGCUGGUUCUUUCCAGGACCAAAAUCCUUACCAUGGCUCAUUUCCUCUUCUAGAAGUGGAUGAUAUAAGUUUGAGAGUUUUGACUGGCCCAUCUGUGGAGGAUGAAUUUCUUUUGCGCUUUGAAAGUAUUGAACCCCAACAAUGGAAUCAAAAUGAUGUCCCAGUGGUUGAUGCUAGUGAGAUUUUGGGUACUUCAAACAUUGUUGAUAUGUUAGAGUAUUCUUCAGAUCACUGUCUAACAAAGAAGCUCCUUGAAUCUGAGCUGGCUUCCCCGAACUUGUUUGUGGAAAUGGAUGUUCUAAGCAUUCUGGAAACCUCAUAUAAUGAAGGAAACUCGGUGCGCAAUCCAGAGAUAUCUAAUUGUGAAUCUCUUUUGUCAGUGAUCCCAGUUCUUUUUGAGGAAUUUCAGUUCCUAGAUGUGGAUUCAUCCCAAUUUUUUGAUGUUUUCAUCGACUUGCAAAGUGCUAUUGAACCCGAAAUAUGCAACCAAAUGUUCAGGGAGGGUAUGAAUUUCAGGAAUUUCAAUGAUUUGAUUGUUAGUCAUGAACUGGCCCUUGUAGAUGACACAUUUAAAUCAAUGCCAGUUCCAAUUCUAUCUGAUCAUGGAAAGAUAAGGUCACUGUAUGCCAUCGUUGUGGAAAUACUUGCUGAAUUAAAGCCACAGCCCCUAUCGGCAUCUGAUGCGAUAUAUCUAGAUUGGCAUCUCUGGGAGGGGGAUACAUGCAAAUGUGAUAAAUUUUCAAUGUGUCGGAGUAUUUUGGAGGAUAUAGAUACAUAUGGAAAUGACUUUAUUCAGAAACCAGUUGAUGAUGGAAUGUUGUUGUUUGAUUUUCUUUUUUCUAGUGAAUCUUUAAAUGGUCUAAUUAUAGAAGAAAACAAGGUGUCACUAGACAUAAUUUCUGACAGCAUGUCUGUGUCUAGAGAGCAUUCUACUCAAGUUGCUUCAAAUAAGUCUUUGGGCAAUAAAUGUCCAAAACCAGGAAAUGGACAACCAUUAUCUAAUAUUGAUGCUGAGAAGGCUUCAUUGUUAUUUGGGUCUAUUUCACAGUUCAAUGAUCUUGAUUUUUUCUUAGAUCCUCGUAAAGGGACUGCUGGUGAAAAUAGUAAACUUCCCGUCAAGGCAUUUAAGACUAAGGCAAUGUUUCCAGCAGGUUCAUCCAGUGAUGAGCCAGCUGCACCAGGCUUUUCCAAUGCAGUUCAAUUACAGGAGUGGGAUAUUGAGUUACAUCAGGUAAACCUGUCAGAAAAUAUUGUGGCUCUUAUCAAUAACUUCCAAAAGAUCUAUCUAGCCACUGUGGAGAAUGACAUGGAGCUGAAGAGGAUGCAUUAUUCAUCUACAGCUGCAGAUUGUUAUAAACUGCUACGCCUUCCAAAAAGAAAGCUGAUGGACUGCAUUAAAAAGACAACUUCAGAACAAAAUCUUUUGGCUAAUAGAGAGAACAACAUCCUGGCAUUUGUGACUUUGUGUGCGAUUAAACAGAUGGCAUGGUACUUGUGUUUUUAUGGCAUCCAUCCAACACAUCUAUAUGUAGACAAGUUAUGUCAAACACUGAAGUGUUUGAAAAAUAGAUUAAGCUUACUCCAUUCGCUCACCGAAGAUGCAUACUGGAAGGCUGACAGAGACAUAACUAGCUCACAUCCUUCACUAUCUGUUAUUCAGGGGAUUUUACUGUCAAAUAUUUCCCAGAGUAGCUUGAAAGUAUUGAUCGUGACUGACCAAUUUUUCUGGUGCCCAUUGAAGAGGUUGUUGUCUUCCAUGGAAAUGUCAUAUAAGGAGCUGCCACAUUUUCGUAAUCAGCUAGAUUUAUGUGACUUUAAUGGGUUCACAAAUACUGCCUUGGACACCUUGUCAAAUUCAGACUGCCUUUUAGUAUCCCACAAGCACAUUUCUGCAUCAUUUCCAUUCGAUAAGUUCGGCAUUAUCUUGGAAUAUGGAGGUUCAUCUGGACUGUCUAGAAUAUCGACAACUUCCACAAAGUCAAUUGAAUUGCCUCGUCUUCACUUUGUGAAAGUGGAACUGGAAGACUGUAGCAUUCCCCAAGCAUUUUGUGAAGGUGUUGAUAUGCUUCAGGAUACCGAAGUUGGAAUGGAAGGAGAAUAUCAUUCUAAUCUUGGCCUGGAGGAGAAUUUGAAUGGCCAGAACCUGGAAGAACUUCUAAAUUUUGUUCCUUUUGAGGAUAACUGCAAUUUGAGGCCUUCAGAGUCUGCAGAUAAACUAGAAACUUGCUGUAAACCGCUUACGGAUCCUUCCAUGCUGCUUGCUAUGGAUUUCAAGCAAGUGCAACCAAGAACUCCAUCUUUCCGGGACACAAUCAUUGUUGUGAACACUCAAAAUUUUGAGAAGGAAAUGAUAAUAUCCAGGAGACGCACAUAUCAGAGAAUUCUUGCAAUGGAGAGAGAAGGGGCCCAAGUUGUGGAGCGUGAUUCAAACCUGCCUGUAGAUAUCAUAAUUAGUGCUGCCAUUUGCCUGGUGUGGUAUGAUUGCAGAAACAUUGGAAAGAAAGCAACGACCCUAGAUGAAGCUUCUUCAUGCUUAGCUUUGUGCAUUGAGAAUAUAUCUACAAACAUUUUGACAUUACUGAGUUUUUGCUUCAGUGGCUGCAUUCUGGUUUUCGAAGGAGAAAUCAGUUUCCUUUCUGCUGUAAUGGAAUCAUCAGAUGGACUAUAUGCCGCUGCAGCUAGUCUAGGAAUCAAUUUGCAGCUGUUUUGCUCCCAUUCAUCUGAUUUGACUGAGGAAAUUGUGUUAAGCUGCAUUGGAUAUGCUACUAAGUUAACUAGAGGACUCCCUAAAAUGCCCGAAUCAGAGACUCUUGCGGAAUCUUUCCUUACAAACUUUCCUUCAAUUAAUGCACUUACGGCUCACACAAUAAUUUCCUCUGUUGGAACAAUGCUCGAGUUUCUUGAAUGGCCUCAUGAGCACAGGAUCCAGGCAAUCCAGAAAUAUCAUGUUCCUAAUGGAAGUGUUGCUCUAUUAAAUGCUCUAUGCAGAUAUGGAGAGCGGGAGGAUUCUAAAUCUGGAAUGACUGAUUGUUGUUCUGCAUCUUCUGCUCCUGACUCAGAAAAAUCCCACUGCAAAGUUGGUUCUGAAAGAAAGGAAAGGAAACAUAUAGAUGGUCCUACUGAAAUUGACAUACCAAGGGAUGACUUAAUGCAUUUUGCGCCUCUGAAUGAAUUUAAACUCAAUCCUUCUAAGGCAUCCAAACCAGUUGAUUCUGCCAUAUUAAAAAGUCCUCAGAUUUUCAAGAAGCCCAAUUUCUCUCUGAAUAACAAACUUUUAAGACAAAAUCAGGGAUUGGAUAUGCCAAUGAUGAAAAAUUUGGACCACCUUAAAAUCAAUAAUUCUGAGGAUCUGCAUGAGGACUUCACAGGUGAAGUUAUUGACUUCAGUGAGAGGUCUUUGUUAGACGAUGACUUUUCUGCUAUUGCAAACUCUGCAAAACUUUUGAGUUUAGUUCCUGGGGUGGAAAAACAACCUGUGGCAAGAAGUUCUAAAGCUGCAAGAAGAUUGUCAUUUGGUAAAACCAAUCAUCCCCCUUUUCCCUUGGCCUCUGAGAUAAACUCUGAUUCAAAUAUCUGGAGUACUAUAAACGAUCCCAAACAUAAUAUGAUGGAAGGUAUUAGUGGAUAUGUUGAUGAUAAAAGCAGUUGUCUCACUUUUCCCAUGGCUGCAGAGAUCAACUCUGAUUCAGAUAUCAGGGAUACCAUUAAAGAUCGCAAACAUAAUUUGAGGGAAGUUGUUAGAGGAUAUGUUGAUGAUAAAAGCAGUUGUCCUACUUUUCCCUUGACUACAGAGUUCAACUCUGGUGCAUGGGAUACCGUAAAAGAUCUCAAACAUAACUUGAGGGAAGGUAUUAGUGGCUAUGUUGAUGAUAAAAGCAGUCAUCCUACUUUUCCCUCAGCUGCAGAGAUCAACCCUGAUUUGGAUAUGUGGGAUACCAUAAAAGUUCAAAAUCAUAAUCUGAGGGAAGGCAUCAGAGGAUAUGUUGAUACAGAUUUCAACAAUGAAAACAUGCCUUUAAAGCUCCAGGAAAAAAUCAUACAAGAUAGUUACACUCAGAAAUCUGCAGGAGAUUUCCCUGGGUCGUUAAGACGAGACAAAAAAAAAUCCCAUUAUGGCAGAACACCUUUCUCCAAUGCCAUUCAUUCAGGUCAACCACAAGAAGAAUCACCCUGGACAAUAGAGUUCCUCAACAGAAUCAGGGAAAAGAGGAGGUUGCGUCUGGAGUCCCUUCCAUGUGACACAUCCACCCCUCGUUUUGGGCAUUCUGGAAAAGUAUCAAAUGUUGCUAAGAGAAAAAGUCCAUCUAUUCUUGAUUAUUAUAGGUAUCAAGGGGGCAGAAGCGCCUUACCCAAGAAAAUUACAGAGCGAAAGAGGCAGAAGCAAUCUAUACCAGCUUCAAGUUCAUCUAACAAUCAGGGCCGUACGGGCACUCUUCUUCCAAUGUGGACUCCCAUUGAUAAGAGAGCAAGACAGACUCUGUCUUUUGCAAUGAAUGGAAGUGGAAGCCAAACUAGGUUGGUCUGGAGCAAUGAAAAUGCACAGGGCCUGAGAAAAAGAUUUCGAAAUCAAACAUGAUGCAGCUGAAUUAUUGGUGCCAUACGUAUGGAUGUUGCUCAUUGGCCCCCAAACCUGCAGUGUUGGUGCAUAUUUUGGGCAAUGCAGAUUUGCUUAAAGUACAUACAUAACUGCACUAUUACAAGUAAGCUCCUUCAUCACACACCAGAGUUGUUCCAAGGUUCGGUAAUAAACAUUCUAAUUUGCUACAAAGAUUAUAUUGACUUGGCCUAGGUUGAGCAUUUAUGCAAAAGCUUAAUGUGAUAUGUUCAUUUUGUAUGAUGCCCAUAUGGACAUUUUCUGGACACCAUAAAAUGACAUGAUGGAGCUUGAAUUUUAUAUCCUGAUUUGGCAAUGCACUGCAUCUCUCUCUCUGCCUCUUGCUGUUUUGAUCAAGUGAACUCCUUUCACCAUACUGAUCACUGAAUUUGAUUCUGGCCAAUGAAAGCACUGCAGACAGUGCCAAAUGUUAAGGACCAGAUGGAUGGUAUUUUAGUUCAUGGCUUUAUCUUCAGAUCCUUGUACCAUAUCCACCUUUAUUAUUGUAAAAGAAAUCCAUCAGGGAGCCACUAGAAUUCUGUCCUCAGAUCUUGGAUCUGUAUAUAAUCAUUCACAACCUGAAGGUGAUUGAAGUUCAAUAGUUAACGAGGAUGGGAACAAAGCUGUGUGUAACUUUGAGUAUGAGCUACUAUUGCAGACUUUCUGUAAAAAACUUUCAGAAGAUAAAAAAAUUCCUCUUUAUUCCUUGC